UAGGCCAGUUAAAAUAUCUGUUUAACUCUUGAGCAUAUAUAAAAGUUGCUGUGUUAAAAACUGAUGCGGCUUCUACCUUGUGACAGCCAGAAUGUUGUUUGUAGCUCAAGAUGAAUUGAUACCAUUCGUGAGUGAGGCAUUAGACACUUUUCAUAUAUUAUAAUUCAACAAAUAAGUGUUUUACAGGUACGGGCAAUCGCUUUUUGGGAACAUCCGAAAUUACUUUUUGGCAGAUGAUCAUAUUUUGGCACACCAGAAGAUAUAAAACACAGACAGAACCACAAGAUAAUUAACACAUACAGAGCAAAUGUCUUAAACGAUGUCGGCAGUUGGGUAAAUGUAAAUUACGGCUUUUUAACAGUUCUGUUCCAGCUUUCGAACAUCCCCCAGCUGACCUGUUAUGCCGGAAGGUGACGAUAGCAUCGGCUGUGCCAGUCCCCUGCCACACCGUCAACUCUGUGCAUGCAAGACUCCGCCCAAAAUCUCCGCUUUUUACACGCCCGGGGACUAAAGAAAAUAAUUAUCCGAGCAGCAGCAUUUGACAGAGGAAGCGGAGAAGGCGAGGAGAGCUCCCCUGGGAUACUCAAAGGACUGUGGACACGCUCUGUUCUGCGAUGCUACGCAAAAGAGACACAGCUUAAGACAAGAUUGAAGAGAGAAGAAUUCGCACAAAGCACCACUGACUUGACAGCAGCUCACAGCCAUAAUGUUGCACUACAGAGUGAACCGCAACACCAUGAAGUUCCAAGUGAUCCUAUUUGGGGCAGCAUUGUUGCUGGUCAGCGGCUGGUACAUGCAGCUCAGCCUCUAUGACCCGCAACCCUCCAACGACAAAGUCCACGUUCUAUUAUUGUCAUCAUGGAGAUCAGGCUCAUCCUUCCUGGGCCAGGUAUUCAGUCAGCACCCGUCUGUCUUCUAUCUUAUGGAGCCUGGCUGGCAUGUGUGGACCCAGCUGAGGCAAAAUGGUGCACGGGCACUUCGAAUGGCAGUGAGGGAUCUCUUACGGAGCCUGUUCCAGUGUGACUUCUCAGUGAUGGAGUCCUACCUUCCAGAGAACCAGAAAGAGUUGUUUAUGUGGAGUCACAGUCGAGCUCUGUGCUCACCCCCAGCCUGUCCUCUCAUGCCACGUAAUCAGCUCAGCAACAAGACACACUGCCAACAGAAUUGUAAACCUCGGGACCUGAAGAUUGUAGAGCAGGUGUGUGGCUUUUACUCUCAUGUGGUGUACAAGGAAGUGCGCAUCUUUGAGCUAGAAUCCCUUUACCCACUAUUGCUGGACCCAAACUUAAAUCUCCGCAUCAUCCACCUGGUCCGAGACCCACGGGGAGUGGUGCGGUCUAAGGAAAAGGUAGCUGAAUACUUAGCGAGUGAUAACGCGAUCGUCUUGGAGCAGAAACCCAUCAAUGAAGCAAAGGUACAGUAUCAGGUCAUGCAGGAGAUCUGUCGAAGCCACUUGCGUAUCAAUAAGAGGGCGGUCCUGAAGCCUCCUCCGUUUCUAAAAGGCCGCUACAAACUGGUUCGCUACGAGGAUGUGACGCGCAACCCAGUCAAGGAGAUCAAAUCCUUGUAUCAGUUUGUAGGUCUGGAGAUGACCACACAGCUGGCCACAUGGAUCUACCAGGUGACCCACGGAAAAGGCAAAGGCUCCAUUAAAGAGGCUUUUGACAUCACAUCGCGAAGCGCCACUGACAUCUCUCAGGCUUGGCGCACCAUGCUGCCACACAACACGGUCAAACGAGUACAGGAAGUGUGUGAAGAGGCCAUGUCUUAUCUCGGGUACACGAUGGUAAACAGUGAAAUAGAGCAGAAGAAUCUCUACGUAGAUCUGCUGGUACCACAAGAACAGCUCAGCUGGUCACCUGAUAAAACACAGCACCUGGACAACAGUUACAACAAGAAUGACAAAGACUUUCUGACAGAUGGACCGCACAAAAAACUACAUUAGGGUACGACUGUUAAAAACAGAACACUGUCAUAAUGUCCAUUUUUAAAGCGCGGACACUGUAAUAAGACUGAAAUGUGAAAAGGCAGCACAGUAUUCUGUUAAUGUACAUUUAGUGUUUGCAUGCCACGAUCACAUGACUUUUCCUGAAGUGUCUCUAUAAGUAGACAAAACUUAUAGUUAUUUAUUUAUUCAUUGCUGCAAAAAGAGAUUGUAAAGUACACCAACCAACCUGCCAUAAAUGUUGCUCAUCUGAUAUCAGUCUGAAAACAAGUGAGUCAAGUUGACAGUUAUACAUCUUUUAAUACAGCAACAAACUCUGAGAAAUUAAUGAAAAUCAAAUAUCUCUUGCUAUCUGCACAGACAGAAUAACAUCACAUAUAAACAUCAUAGAACAUUUAAUCUGUGAUGAUACAUUUAGGCUUGACGUUGAAAUGACUUGAAUGAGUAGCAAAUGUUAAAUCAUGUUGAUUUAUCUCUUCAGAGUAAGAGAAAGUGGGUAAAUUAACUACUAUUAAUUGUGUUUAGGGUGAUAUCUGUGAAAAUGUUGAUAGUGGUUUUUUUGAGCACAUGAAAAAAUGCCAAACACUUACACUAAAGAUGGACUUCAGUCACAACUUUGUGAGAGUUUUGGUUUUCCUACAUGACUGAGUGUUCUGAAUAAAACAAUAUCUUCACUUGUACAUUUUUGGAAAUUUGCUAUAUUUUGCAAUAUUUUACAUGAUAAGCACUUAAAUUUGAGGUUUAUUCAAUAAAUGGAAACUUUAAAUGGCUUAUUCUACUCAUUAAAACACUGGUUUUGAAUCUCUUUUGCACUGGUUUGGGUCUCUUUUGUAUCAGCAGAGUUGAGGUUUUAAAUACACACACAUAAGAUCACAGCACUCUCCAUUUCAGAGAGACUUAAAUGGACAGGUAGUUCAUGAAGCUCACAGGCCAUGUUGGAUUGCCUUGAUUCAAUAGUGGACAUUGGUUGCACACAAAUGUUUUGCUUUGGCAGAAACUUAAACAACUGAGUUAAAUCAACACAACUUUUUC